ACUCAAAAUAAGGCAGGAUAUUGAACUAGACAGUGGUUUGGUGGGAGAAGCUGCGAUGUGGUUGUAGAUGGUCGCCUCUCUGACUGGAGGCCUGUGUACUAUACAGUGCUGCAGGGAUCAGCGCUGGGUCGGCUGUUCCUUGUCAUCAAACCAAACAAUCUGGAUGAUAAUGUGGUCAACUGGAUCAGCAGAUUUACAGAUAACGCCAAGACUGGGGAUGUAGUGAUCAGCAUCUAUGGAACUGGACAAUGUCGAUGCUUCAAGCAGACACCCAUCAGUGAAAUUGGAAACGGAGGGGGAAGAGGACAGAUUAUGGAUUGAUUUGAAGGUUCGGGUUGUUGUUCUGUGAAACUCGGUGCUCGGGGCCUGUGUGAGAGCUGCUGCCUGUUCACGCACAUUCCUCAGAACAGGGAGCGGCCCCACUCCAGAAAUCAAAUGCAACCGGGUCUGAAAAAAAUACACCCUCAGGCAGGCGCAAGGAAAGUCACUUCAAUAUCGUACUUAACUCUUUCUGCUGCAGGGAAGAGCGAGAUGAUCUCUGACAUGAUUUACCCAGGGUCCCGAACGCGCAACAUUAGCAGUUACAGUUGUUGCCCUGGUUGCCGCGAGUUUCCAGCACCUUAUGUUUCUCUCAAACUCGAACCGUCUGCAGUUGACUAGAAAAUAUUCUUCAAGGAUUUUUUUUUAAACCGAUCUAGGAGACCUUUCCCGGGAAAACGUCUGGCCAUUUGGAAUGGCCGGAAACCAAUUGCACAAGUAUUACCGACGGGGUGUGAACCAACAAACAUUGCUUGUGAAAAGAGACCCGUUCUUAACUGGGCGAGGGGGUUUCUUGUAAAAAUAGUUGUCCGGAUGGAACUGCAAUAAUCUCUAGAGUUAGAGUUAAUCAAUUCCCCUGAAUCGAGAGGCGCUGAGGAAAUCUUUGACCAAAUUUGUUACAGUUGAGUGUGAAUAUGUAUAGUCCGAGGUGUUUGGAUUAAUUUCAGCAGAAAGGCCGCUCCCGGUACCUGAACAGGUGAGUGACGUUGGAGCUGAAACUACCUGCACCGGGCAGUCCUGUUUACACACAGGGGGCGGAAGCUCAGACCCUCCCAGAGCCCGGGCUGGAUCAAAUUCUCAGCCUGGGACUGGCUGGGUUAAACAGAGAAACUCCGCCCCACUUGUUGCGAUGAAAGAAAAAGGAUCGAUCUGGGCGGAAAUCCGACAGAAAGUUUAACGCAGCCUGCUUGUUUUCCUCUUUAGGGUUGCUACAUUGAUCCCACUCCCGCCUCCUCCCGCUGUCAGACCCGUCCUGAGCCGGUGAGAGUCAGUGUGACCCGGACCGCGGCAGUCCCGCUCCACCCCGGCUCACCCGGCCCUGUCCAUCUGUAAUGAGUGACCACUCCCGCCUCCUCCCGCAGUCAGACCCGUCCUGAGCCGGUGAGAGUUAGUGUGACCCGGACUGCGGCAGUCCCGCUCUACCCCGGCUCACCCGGCCCCGUCCAUCUGUAAUGAGUGACCACUCCCGCCUCCUCCCGCUGUCAGACCCGUCCUGAGACGGUGAGUGUUAGUGUGACCCGGACUGCGGCAGUCCCGCUCCACCCCGGCUCACCCGGCCCUGUCCAUCUGUAAUGAGUGACCACUCCAGACUCCUCCCGCUGUCAGCCCCUUCCCGAGCCGCUGAGAGUUAGUGUGACCCGGACCGCGGCAGUCCCGCUCUACCCCGGCUCACCCGGCCCUGUCCAUCUGUAAUGAGUGACCACUCCAGACUCCUCCCGCUGUCAGACCCGUCCCGAGCCGGUGUGAGUUAGUGUGACCCGGACCGCGGCAGUCCCGCUCUAUCCCCGGCUCACCCGGCCCUGUCCAUCGGUUCACAGCCGAGCGGCCUCGGGAGCAGCAGCAUCGACUCAACUCUCCGUACGGGGAGAACAAACCGGUUCCAGGCCCAUUGAUGUCACACCCGGAUAUCAGACUGUUUUCCCGGGACCACACUGAUCACCAACCGGUUACGAUAUCAGAGAUAAUAGCCAGCAGGUGGUACUUCCUUCCACCCGGAAGGCGGACAAGCAGACGGCAAGCAAGCAACGUCAGUCAGAUUCAAAAUGGACACAGAUCUGAACUCGGCCUUCUCCGCCUUCCUGUCAAAUUGUGAGGAUCACCAACUUUUCCGGUUGACGAGAUUCUACAAGGAGCGACUGGAGCAGGCGAUUGAGGAGGGUGUGGAGGGAGUCGGUUUCAUGUUAAUGGGCGAUGAUCACUUCACCGGGCCAGAGUAUCACAGCGUGACUGAGCUGGCGGAGAAGGAAAACCGAACAGGCGCUUCCAAACUCCUCCUGGAUCUGGUGAUGGAGAAGGGCUCGGGGGCUCAGAGGGUGAUGUGGGAAUCCUUUGUGAAACUACAUCACCAUUUACCGAAGCUUAGCAGAAUACUGAAUGAAAUACGGGAACGUGGUGGCGGCCAUUUCGCCGACAUGGACACUGAGCGGGGUUUAUCUGAAGUGCCCAGACAUCUGAAAGAUGUUCAACAGAAACACAAGGAGACUCUGCGGACACAGACUGAAACACUGAGAGGGAACACGAUCCUGAUGAGGGAGAAGGUGAAGGUUUUCCGGCUGGUCGACCGAUACGCUCAGCUCACGGUCAUUUCUACUGUUCGAGAUCGGACACUGGUGGAACACGAGCUGCUGGCAAGAGGCACAGACCACGAGGAGUGGAGACAGAAACAUCUGCGCAGCGAGCUGGAGAAAAUCCACAUUGAUCAUCUGUUUCACAAUAGUUACUCACAUAGUUUCCGGGACAAAAUGAAAAGAUUCAUCACACGAUCAACUUCGGGAUGCUCGGUAGUAAUGGCCGGAGUCCCGGGGAUCGGGAAAACGACACUGGUACAAAAGAUUGUUUACGACUGGGCCACGGGGAAAAUAUUCCAACAAUUCCACUUUGUCUUCUGUUUCAAAUUUCGGGAUUUAAACUCCAUUAACUGCAGAAUAAAUCUGAUGGAACUAAUUCUGGAUCAGUAUCCAUACUUUGGGAAUUCUCUGAGAAAGGUCUGGAAGAACCCAGAGGGAUUGUUGUUUAUAUUCGAUGGUUUAGAUGAAUUCAAACACAGAAUCGAUUUUGAUGACAGUCGGAGAUACACAGAACCCAAGCACCAGCGCCCAGAUCCCGAGUGGCGGUGCAAGGUGUCUGACAUUGUGUACAGUUUAAUCCAGGGCAAGCUGCUCCCAGGGUGUUCAGUGCUGGUGACCACCCGCCCCACUGUGUUACAUUUGUUGGAAAAGGCGAACAUCAGUGUUUGGACUGAAAUCCUGGGAUUUGUUGGUGAGGAACGAAAGGAAUAUUUCAUCAGGUAUUUUGAAGAUCAGACGGUGGCGGAAGCUGUUUUCAAACACGUGCAGGAGAACGAGAUCCUGUACACCAUGAGCUACAACCCCUCCUACUGCUGGAUCCUCGCUCUGGCACUGGGCCCCUUCUUCUCACAAAGAUUCAGGGACCCGCAGAGAGUUCCCAAGACCAUCACCCAACUGUACUCAUACUAUAUUUACAAUAUCCUGAAAAACCACGGCCGGGAGAUUGAGAACCCCCGUGAUGUGUUACUCAGGGUGGGUCAGAUGGCCUUCAGAGGAGUGUCCGAGAAGAAGAUUGUGUUUACAGACGGAGAUUUGAUCAACUACAAUCUGCAGCCGUCCCAGUUCCUGUCCGGGUUCCUGAUGGAGCUUUUGGACAGAGAGGAUUCUGCCCAGAGCGUGGUGUACACAUUCCCACACCUCACCAUCCAAGAGUUUGUAGCUGCAGUCGUACAAUUCCUGAAACCACAUAGCGGGGAUAUCCUGAAAUUUCUCACUGAAGCCCACAACACGACAGAUGGACGAUUUGAAGUAUUUCUCCGUUUUGUUGCUGGCCUCUCCAACCCAAUGACAGCUCGGGGCCUGGAGGAGUUUCUGGGUCCAUUUCCUCAUCAAACAACCUGCCGGGUGAUUGAUUGGGUGAAGGAGGAGGUUAAACGCCAGAGUAGAAACACGGGUGACACUGGGAGAAAGAGACUCCUGAACACAUUGCACUACCUGUUUGAGUCUCAGAAUCGUGGUCUGGCUCAGGACACACUGGAAUCUGUGGACACACUUUCAUUCACAGGAAUGACACUGACACCGAUUGACUGCGCGGUCUUGUCUCAUGUCAUCGGACUCUGUGAUACAAUAAAACACCUCGACCUGGAGAAAUGCAACAUUCAGUGUGAAGGAAUCCAGCGACUGGGACCCGGGCUGCACAAGUGCCAGGAGUUGAGACUUGGGAAGAAUAAACUGGGAGAUUCAGGAGUGAAGCUGGUGUCUGCUGCUCUGAGGAACCGGGAGUGUAAUAUACAGGAACUGUGGCUGAACAAAGUCGGUCUCACAGAUUCUGGAGCCGAGGAUCUCGCCUCCGCUCUCAGUACAAACCCAUCACUGACAGGUCUGAUGCUGAGUGGUAACAAAUUGGGAGAUUCAGGAGUGAGACUUGUGUCUGCAUUUCUGAGGAACCCGGAGUGUAAAAUGCAGAAACUGGGGCUGUUCGAUGUCGGACUCACAGAUUCUGGUGCCGAGGAUCUCGCCUCCGCUCUCUGUACAAAACCAUCACUGACGGAGCUAGACCUGAGUGGUAAUAAACUGGGAGAUUCAGGAGUGAAACUGGUGUCUGCGGCUCUGAGGAACCCGGAGUGUAAAAUACAGAAACUGGAGCUGGACGGUGUCGGUCUCACAGAUUCUGGUGCCAAGAAUCUCUCCAACGAUCUGAUUAUAAACGGAUCACUCACGGAUCUGGACCUGAGUGGUAAUAAACUGGGAGAUUCAGGAGUGAAACUGCUGUCUGCGGCUCUGGGGAACGCAGAGUGUAAAAUACAGAAACUGUUGCUGAGGGAUGUCGGUCUCAGAGAUUCUGGAGCCGAGGAUCUCGUCUCCACUCUCAGGACAAACACAUCACUGACGGAGCUGAGCCUGGGAUCAAACUCGCUGACAGACCGAUCGGUCCCCGUUCUCCGCCGCCUCAUACCGACCCUCACGAGUCUGGAGCUGAUCAUUCUGGACGUGAAUCGGUUCAGUGUGACCGGGAGGAAGGAAUUGAAGGAAUGGGGAGUCAGAACCGGACUGAGAGUGGCUGUGUGAACAUCUGAAUGUGCGAAUAUUCCCGACCGCGGGAUGGGGACAUUUUAGCAGAUUCCUCGUCCUUCCCUUUAACUCCCGCAGUUACCAUUAAUGGCCGCGCGCAGGGUGUAAUUCCCAACGGUUUGAAUGGAACUGGCUCCAGUCUCGAACUCGGUGAUGUCGGAAGCGUUCCCGCAGAGACGUAUUUCCGCCUGUUUUCCAGCGGCGCAGCUUCCGCCGGAUGUGCGGGUUCGAGACUCUCCCGGUGAGACCCCGCGGAAUCACACAUACAGGAGGAGCCCGGGGGCCGGGGAUCAGUCUGGCACACCAGUGUCCCGGGAUGGGAUUAUCCCGGGAGAGAAUGCUUUUGCUCCCUUGGCUGCAUUCUGCAUUCUGCAGUCUGGCAGAUACAACGAUGUUAAAUUGACAAAACCCUCGGCAAUGACCUUGGAUUUGCAGCGAUCCCGGACACGGCCCUGAAGUGUGUUUUUAUAAGUAUCGUUUACGCGAUGCAGAGUGACGAUGAUAAACGAGACUGAUUAAUGCACCUGUCACGCAUUGUCGCCGGUCAGUUAAUUCUGUGUGACUGUGAGUGAGUCGGGAACAGUGUGGCGACCCACUUCCUGCGCAGCUGCACUGGGUCACAAAUAGCCAGCGCGCCGGAGUAUCUCUGACGCCAAUUUCCGCCCGGAGACGGCGGACGCUGGGGAUUAAAUACCAGCUCUGCGAAGUAUGAAUAAACUAGUCUCGAAACGACUUACCGACUGCGAGUCGUCGUCUCUAGCUCUGAAUGUAGUACAUCGCUAAAACAGCUUAUUUAUUCCCGCAAGUCAGCAGUUCACAUACUGUUUAAUUUGCAUUUAUCAUGAUGAAAUCAA